UCUCCGUCUCUGUUUCUCCGUCAGGGUUCGUUACUGGGACUUGAUGCUGCUCGUCCCAAACGUGGCUUUCCUGGUCUUCCUGAUGUGGAAGCUUCCUUCUGCUCGCGCUAAGAUCCGUCUGACCUCCAGCCCCAUAUUCGUGGCGUUUUACAUACUGGUGUUCGUGGUGGCGGCUGUAGGAAUCACACGUGCCAUCGUCUCCAUGACCGUCAGCACAUCCAGCGCCGCCACACUCAUAGACAAGGUGCUUUGGGAAAUCACGAGGUUCUUUUUAUUGGCUAUUGAGCUCAGCGUCAUCAUACUGGGACUGGCUUUCGGCCAUCUGGAGAGCAAGUCCAGCAUCAAGCGUGUGUUGGCCAUCACUGCGGUCCUGUCUCUGGCCUACUCCAUCACACAGGGGACUCUGGAGAUUCGUUUCCCGGACAAACAUCUCUCCGCCAAAGACUUCAACAUCUACGGCCACGGCGGGCGCCACUUCUGGUUGGCCAGUUCCUGUUUCUUUUUCCUGGUGUAUUCCCUGAUAGUCAUCCUACCUAAAACUCCAGUCAGAGAGCGGAUCUCGUUACCAUCUGUGUGGAUGUGACCACAUUCCUGUACUUUUCCGUCUUUGCUCCUCUGAUCUAUGUGACGUUCCUCAAAGGAUU